UAUGGGAUGAAUAAGGAUUUGGCGCUAAUUUUAAUAUAAAAUUUUACACAAAAAUUUGUUAUUCUGCUUAGGUAUAUUUUAUUAAUAAUGAAUUCAAGAUUGCAUAAUCAAAAUAGUGAUAAUGAGCAGCAAUAUGUAUUAGAAGCAUCUAUAGACAAUACGAGAAAUUUAGCUUUAUUAUUAAAAGCUAUUCAUUUUAGAGAUAUAGCCACAGUAUGUGCAACAUCUGAUGGUCUUAAAGUGACUGUAGAAGACACUAAAUCUGUCCAAGCAAAUGCUUACAUCCAAUCAUCUCUUUUCCAUGAGUACAAUAUCAAUGAUCAAACAGUUAUCUUUAAAGUAAAUCUUAAUGUUUUAUUGGAAUGUCUUAAUAUAUUUGGUGGAAAGAAUAAUCCUGGUUCUAUAACUACUGUAAAAAUGUGCUAUUCAGGUUAUGGAUCACCUUUAGUUUUACUUCUUGAAGAAAAUGGAGUUAUUACUGAUUGCAAAUUGCAAACAAUGGAGCCAGAAGAUAUUUUAGAUUUUGAAUUCACUCCUUCAAAAGUUAUAAAUAAAAUAAUUAUGCAGUCUGAAAUUUUAAAAGAAGUGUGGUCUGAUUUAGAUAUGAACAGUGAUGUUCUGGAGAUUUUAAUGUCGCCAGAUGAACCAUAUUUUCAAUUUACCACUAAAGGAAAUCUUGCAACUACUCAUAUUAAUUUUUCUAAAGAUUCUGAUAUGAUUGAAUCAUUUGAAUGUACAUCUACUAUGAAAAAUAGAUAUCAAAUAUCCCUUAUAAAACCAUCCGUAAGAGCUUUAGUUCAGUCAUCUAAAGUUUCCAUUCGCACUGAUGAUAGAGGAUUCCUCUGUAUGCAGUAUAUGAUCAAAGUGGAAGGUUCACAAUGCUGUUUUGUGGAAUAUUUAUGUUCUCCAAAUAUAGAUGAUGAUGACUAACUUAGUUUCCAUUACUAUGAAAUGGAAAAGAGUUUCUUUAAAAGGAAUUUUUAUCAUCACUUCAUAUCAGACAUUCUGAAGAUCAUUUUACGAUUCUUUUGUCACAU